GAGUGUGCUAAAAUUUUCUAAUUUUAGCAAUUCGCUACAUUUAUCAGAAUUUCGUAACUUACAUACGUGUCACUGUCAUUAUCACCGAGAGACAGCCGUUGUUGGAGACAUUUGGAAUCUGUCACUUUUCACAUUGACACGCCGCGUUUGUUGAGCGUGUAACAGCUGUUAUAACCUGUUAUAGUUUCUUCUCUACCGAGGUGAAACAUAUAUAAGCUACUGUUGAGAAAUUUGUGCAAUUUUGCAAUAUGCAGGAGCAAGAUAUACCAAUUGACAUCAACACCGGGAAAUUGUUGGAUUGGCUGAUUAAUCGAAGACACUGUAGAAAAGACUGGCACGCGAGUGUCCUGCCUAUUAGAGAGAAAAUUAAUAAAGCAAUACAGGAUAUGCCCGCUCACGAUGGCAUCGUCUCUUUGUUAUCCGGCGCGUAUAUCAAUUAUUUUUAUUGCGUGAAGAUUGUGGAAAUCUUGAAGGAAACAGAAGCAGAUACAAAAAAUUUAUUUGGACGUUACGGGUCGCAAAGAAUGAAGGAUUGGCAGGAGAUAUUGCGAAUGUACGAGAAAAACAACGUGUACCUUGCCGAAGCCGCGCAAAUUCUCACGAGAAAUGUCAGUUAUGAAGUUCCCAAUAUUAAAAAACAGAUACAGAAGUUAGAACAGACAAUAACGGAUUUUGAAAAAAAGGAAACAGAAUAUAAAAAAUCAGAGAACAUCGCGCGCUCAGAGUAUAAUACGAUGUGUAAACAAUUAGGAAUAACUGGUUAUAGUACUGUCAGACGUGAGUUAAUGGAAAAAGUUAAAGAACUGCCAGAGAUUUAUCAGAAAAUAGCGGAGAAGACGAAAAAUUUGGAUAAAGUUGUGGAAUUUUACAGUGCGUUCGUUGAAUUUACUUUCGGCCAACAAUGCUAUAACGAUUGCGUACCGAUUAUUAAACAUGUGAUUGAAAAAGGAAACACAACAAUGUUCGAAUACACUUACGGAGAAGUGCCAACAUCGAUAAUCGAGCCGCCGUUAAACAUAAAAGCGGAUGAGGAUGAGAAUAAUGAGAGAACCAGUGCGAAUGCGGACGUCAAUACCAUCGACUUCGGCAACUUGGAUCUGGACGCACAAAUUGAUUUUGACGAAGUCAGUCCGAGCGCAGAGGGCGAUAUUGAUUGGGGAGAAGACGUUGCAAAACAACCUGCGGAGGAAAUAGAUUACAACAUAUCGGAAAUAGAUUACGAUAUAUCGUUGGAAGAAUCGGGUAUAGUUGUAGAGGCGGCAGGUCAUGAAGGUGGUGUAGCCACGGGAUGCAAUGCAUAUACAAUAUUAGACAAUCCGACGACAAGAUCGGAAUUUAUCGAUCAAUUGUUUGAGUUGGAAGCGUUUAUGAAAUUGCGUCUGUACGAGUUCAAAAGCGACGACAAGAAUAACCUCUUGAGCUUCAGUCAGAUGCAAGAUGCUUCCCCUAUUUUGCAACUUUCUACCAUAGAAACCACUCAGAAUAUGCUGGACAAUGUUCAAGUUGUUCUCUACGAAAUGUUGCACAACAAUGUCCAAAAUUUGCAUAACAUCAAACAUUAUCCGAGAUACGUGGACACAGUGGCUGCCAACUUGAAACAAAAAUUAAAUCAAAUCGAUAGAAUGGUGAUUCAGCAAAACUCUAUGAGACAAAUGCAGGUAGACGCGCAAAAUAAAAUUGAGAAAUUGCAUCCGUUGCUGAGGCUUGUUAUACAAAGAACCAAGGAAUUGCAAGCAGAGAUAGAGCAAGACAUUUCCAAACGAUACAAGAACAGAACGGUACAUCUGACCGGAGGUGUAAAUACAAUGUAGUUAAUAAUAAGAAAUUGUUGAAAAAACUUAUUAUUUUUAUAAUGUAUAUAAAAAAAUUCUAAAUUAAAAAACA